AUGCCGCGGACACGUUUAUACCCGCUACAGCGCCUUCUCAGAACAAGCCUGACUGCGAAUACUCGAGCCGUCGCCGCAUCCAUUGCCCGCCCCGCGAACCCCACCCUUCGCAACCUGCAUACAACAGCACGACUCGCGAUGGGCGAAUUCGACCAGUAUUCUGCCAUGGGCAACAAGACUGUGCCCAAUGACAUGCCCUCCGACGGCACAGCCUGGGGUAGUGAAAAGAACCCGGCCGCCUUUGACUUGCGUUCGGAUGUGCACACAACCCCUACCAUGUCCAUGCUCAAGGCCAUUCAGCAAUGCACCCUGCUUGACGAUGUCUUCAUGGAGGAUCCUACUACACUCUCCCUUGAGCGCUUCAUUGCAGACUUGAGCGGAAAAGAAGACGGGCUUCUUGUUCUCUCGGGUACCAUGGGCAACCAGGUUGCAUUCCGGGCACACCUCACCUGUCCUCCACAUGCCGUAAUUGUCGACCGGAGAGGGCACAUUGUCAACUACGAGGCAGGAGGUGUAGCUACCUUGUCUCAGGCCAUGGUCCAGUCUCUCGACGCGACAAAUGGCACAUACCUCACCUUGGAAGAUAUUCAAAAGUACGCGACACUCUCAGAUGACGUGCACUCUUGCCCAACUCGCAUGAUUUCUCUUGAAAACACACUAAACGGUGCCAUCAUGCCUCUUUCUGAAGUCAAGCGGAUAUCUGCUUGGGCACGCCAACAUGGUAUCAUCAUGCACCUGGACGGUGCGCGUUUGUGGGAGGCUGUCGCUGCAGGCGCCGGUUCCCUAAAGGAAUAUUGUGCCGAGUUCGACAGUAUCAGUCUGUGCAUCAGCAAAGGCCUAGGUGCGCCCAUUGGAAGUCUCCUUGUUGGUACGAAAGCUUUCAUCAAACGCAGCCGCUGGAUCCGCAAGUCAAUUGGCGGAGGGCUGCGCCAGGCUGGUGUGGUCGCUGCUCCGAUGCGCGUCGCCAUUGAAGAAACGUUCCUGGGCGGAAAACUCGCACAAUCUCACAAGAACGCGAAGAGGGUUGCGAAGAUAUGGACCGACCUAGGAGGCAAGCUGCAAUACCCGGUAGACACAAACAUGGUCUGGUUGGACCUGGCGGCCCACCAGAUCGAAAGCAACAGCUUCAUCGAGCUAGCGGAAAAGUACGGAGUAAGGACAGGUAGUGGCAGGCUGGUUGUACAUUACCAGAUUGGAGAAGAGGCGAUCGAAGCGCUGCAAAAGGUCUUUACUGAGUUGUUGACCGGCAAAGAGUCGACCGGCAAGCUUGCCGAUGCCCCACAUGACCCGGAGGAUUUGAAGCUGAAGGGCAAAGGCGUGGAGUAG